GCCUCUGGUGGUCGCAAGUCACAGGAAGAGGCAGUGGACGGCAAAAGUUACGUUUCCAAAAAAAUAAAAAAUAAAUAAAAAAACGCUUUCAGUCGAGUGCACUCGGGGAUCACUGAACAUAUUUAAUGAUCAUCCGCACAUAAAGAGGAAUGAUUUAGUCCUGCUUUUGUAUCUGCUGUCAAACGUCGCGCGGUUGAAUCGGUCUCACUCUCCACUUCCGCGUACAAUGUUUUUUCCCAACGACAUACAUCAACUUUAGAACAGGAAGCCUUCAGAGGCGCUUGUCACUUCGUCUCACCUUUUAGGAGAGGAGCCCGGUUUACCGGUGUUGGUGCGACCUACGACAGCAUGGAUUGCGAUGACGCACAUAACGGGCGCGGGCCAUCAGGUGCUCAGUGUUCAAAUCCAGCCAUGAACAUAAUUGGAGCAGAGGAUGAAGACUUUGAGAAUGAUGAGCAACCUAUGGUGGAUGAUCAGUGCAGUCACUUUAACAGUAUUGAGCUGUUGAAGUCCAGGCCCACCCACCUACUGGUCUUCAUUCAUCAUGUCAUGUUACAGUUUGACUGUGCUCCUGUGCUAUGCUACCUUCAUGCUGACCUCUUCAAGAACUUCAAUGCCAAAGACACCAAGAAGCACUUUGGGGAAUUCUACAACAAUUUCUUGGAAAAAGGAGCGAUUCUUAAAGUAUCUAUGCCAAAUAACUUAGCCUCUGAACUGGAUCGCAUGCGUCCUGAAAUGAUUAACGAAGAACAACAAAAACGCUUUGCUUAUGAAAUACAGUUCAUGCAGAGUCCAGAGAUACUGCGGCAGCUGGAUGACUUCAGGCAAAAGAGGAUGAUGGGAAUGACUCCCAAUGAGCAUGAACUAAAUGACGUGGAAUCCCAUCGUCCAACCGACCGCAUCCCUAUGGAGAUGAAGGAGAAGGCAGUAGCUGAAUCCUUGCUGGAAAGGAUGUUUGAGGCCAACCCCUCAAUUGUUGCCGACAAGGACAAAAGUAACUGCAUCUUUGGAGCAGUUGCCAUUUAUAUGAAGCACCUUAGCGUCAAGACCAGAGCACGUGACAACAAGAAGACUAAGUCAGGAUGGCGGCCCUCUGUCCCUUCUGUGCUGAAGCCAUGGGGAACCAACAAACCAAACAAAAUAGUCAAACCUUCUGCAUUCACCCAUGAUGGUAAGCAAACUAGAUUGGACUUUGAAGUAAAGCAAACCAAACCAAGCGUCCCACCUCAUCGAGUGUCCAUAAGUGAUAGUGGCACCACUCCAGUGCGGAAACCUGGUGUGGCAGGGUCAGGUAGCACACAUGGCUCGGAGAGCAGUGAAGAGAAGACCAUCAGCGUCAGUGUGACUCCUAGUCCCGACUCUCAGAGUGACACGGGUGUUAACAACAAUCUUUCAGACCCCAGACCAGUUUCAGUGGGGGGAGAUGCAUCUCCUGUCAGCACUGGUGGGGGCAUUGAUAUCCUUCCAGAUGACAGUCAGGACAGUGGCAAAAAGAAGACAAGGAAUGUGCGCCGCAGCGAGAGCCUUUGCGUGGAGCGCCGUCACUCUCGCCGUAGUGGCUCUACCCGGGCCAAGCAGUCUCGCUCCCGUAGCGACGUGGACCUGCAGUCAACUUCCACCUCCCACCCCCUCUCACCCUCCCCACAGCAUUCAGUCUCUGUGGAAGGUGGGUUGUUGCCUGAUGGCCUCGUCACUGGUCCUGUUUUUGGCCCCUUCCCUCAGCAGGAAGAGAUGGAGCCCCGUCUCCUGGAGCUCGAGCAGGACCCGCCCAACUGGAGGGCCCUUGCUUCUCCUGAGGACUUGAGAAAACUGAGCAAGAAGGAAAUCAAAAGACAAGAAGUCAUCAACGAGCUGUUUACGACAGAGCAUGCUCAUGUCCGUAUGCUGAGUGUAUUGCAGACUGUGUUUUCUCGUCCGCUGGAGAGGGAAGAGAUCAUUACCGUGACUGAGCUGGCCACCAUCUUCCCCAGCCUCGAUGAGAUCAUAGAGAUGCAUUAUGCUUUCUAUGAGAACCUGAAAAAACAGCGGCAGGAGAAUGAGUACAUUGUCAAAAUCAUAAGCAUGCCACUUCUCAACAGGUUCAGUGGAUCAGAGGGAGAGUGGUUUCAGAAGCUCACAGCACGCUUCUGUAGCUACCAGUCCUGGGCUCUGGAGCAGAUAAAGAGCAGACAGAAGAAGGAUCCCCGUUUUAAUGCUUUUAUACUGGAGGCAGAGAGUAAGCCACAGUGUCGGAGGCUACAGCUGAAGGAUAUCAUUCCCAUAGAGAUGCAAAGACUAACCAAGUACCCUCUUCUGCUGGAAAACAUUGCCAAGAACACAGAUGAUGAAGCAGAAAAAGAGAACAUUAACCAAGCAGCAGAAUCCUGCCGCAAGAUCCUCAACCAUGUCAAUGAAGAAGUUAAACUCAUGGAGAACCUGCUGAUUUUGAAAGACUAUCAGCGCCGGCUGGACACCUCAGGACUGAAACCGAGCAAUGACCUCUACAGUGAGUACAAGAACAUUGAUCUGACCACCAGAAUAAUGCUGUUUGAAGGACCUCUGACAUGGAGGGUGACCAAGGAGAAAGCGAUCGAUGUGCACUGUGUUUUGCUGUCAGACAUGCUGGUCUUGCUUCAGAAGCAGGAUGAUAAGAUGGUUUUGAAGUGUCAGAGCAAAAGCAACAUAGCCAUUCAGGAAGGCAAACAGAUGCUGAGUCCAAUCAUCAAACUAGAAUCUGUUUUCCUCAGAGAUGUGGCCACUGACCCGAAGGCCCUCUAUGUUAUCUUCACUUGGGACAGCGGAGCACAGAUCUAUGAACUAGUGGCUCAGUCCAUCGGGGAGAGGAAAAAUUGGACAGAGGUGAUUAAGACUACGGUCGACGAGUUGAAGAAGAGGGACGGGAAUAAGCUAACCAGAGAAAGAGGCAACAGCAUACCUAGCAGCUUCAUUGGACCUGUAUACAGCCCUUUGCAUCCCCCUCUUAGCCCCACUGAAAAUGGAGGAGACCUGUUGAAAAGUCGCAGUGGGCGAUUUAAAGACAGUCUUACUGAUGAGAAGAGUAGAGAAACUGAUUCUUCACUCAUAGACUACCUAGCAGCCAAUGGCUUUGACCUGCUCAGCCAUAGCCACGCCCCUCCAGAGAAGUCUGCUAUUGGUGCUUUGGAUGAAGUCAUGUAUUUGAAGAGGCUAUUGGUCGGCAGUAUUAGCCUGUCAGAUGACUCUCAGACUCUUGGGGAAAAUGCACCUGAAAGCCAGGAGGCAGAUGGAGGUCAGUCGUCAGUGGAGGAAUCCAGCACAGAAGGAAGAACUGAAGAAGAGAGUGGGGGAGAUGGAGGGAAUAAAGGAGAAGAGGAAAGAGGGAUAAGUGCUCCUCUAGUGCUUUCUGAGGAACGCAUGGAGGAGGUGCAGAGGAGACUGCAGACUCUUGGGGAGCAACUGAAGAGAUUGCAGGCUGUUGAGGAGGACCAUUAUAAGUUGCAAGAAGCUCUUGCUAAAUAUUCACUUCAGGGGGGCCAUUACAACUGAGAAACUUCACAACCUGCUGUUACAAGAUUACUGUAUGUGCUGGACUCAAGACUUGCUUUCGAGGGAUUCGCUGAUUGACUAAUUCUGCCUGAAUGUUCCUGCUCUAUCUCUUCUCUCUUCUCAACUGUCCUUUCUGAAGAUUGUCAGCAGGCCUCCAGCACUUUCCAUGCCACUGAGAAAUGAAAUGAAGUGGGUGUUGCGAAAUGAUAGUGAUCCUUGCCCUUGAAUGAUUGUGUAUGUGUUUCUGUUGAGAGGUAUGAGAGACAGUCUUGCCAAAAGAUGCCAAAGAAAUGUGCAACACCUAGAGAGAUAUCCGAAUGAAAUGCUACGUGUACAUGUGGAAGCAAUGUAACAUACAGAAACAUGCGCACACAGACACACACACAAAGAUAAGCAUGUCAAAAGUAAUUUAGUACCAAAAGACUAUCUAUAUUCAUAUAAAAGUAUAGUUGCCUCUUUGUGAAUGCAGUCUGAUGCAUAUGAAGCCUGCUUCUCAAACUGUAGUUUAGUAGGUUUUCAAUAAGGUAAUUUAAACAGAUAAUGUGCCCUUUUAUUUUUUGCCUUUUUAUUAUACACAUUUCAAGAUGUUCACUCAUCCUAAUAAUUAUUGCCGUGCUAUAUUACAUGUAUUUUCAAAAAUAAUAGAUAUUCAAAAGGAUAUAUGUAGAACCGUUGUUGCAUGCAUUGGCCAAAUUGUUGUAAAAUGGAGAGUGAGAGUAAGAGUAUGGACCUUUUUUUUUAACCUUGUUUUUCUUUUGUUUUAUCUUCUUACCAGAAGUUCUGUUGUUGCUCUGUGAAUCAGAAAAGAAGUGCUAAGUAGGAUAGAUCAGCAGAUGGAUGAACAAAGAUAGUAGAGAGAAGGUUUGAGGAAGGUGGGCUUGUUUUGUUAUGCCUAACCCCUCUGAAGUGAAAACAAGGCAGGCAUUGAUGGUGAGAGAUCUCGUCAGGGUUUGACAUUGUGGUUGUGAGGAAAUAUGCACAUAUUAUGUAGCAUUUUGAAUGACCAGCUUGCAGGUACAUCCACACAUCGGUGCUGUUAUAAUGGGAAGCAUGCACAAUGUAUAGCGUUCUCUAAUGCAGGUGCUGCAGAUUGUAUUCUGGUAGGUCAACUCAGAUCUUAAGAUAAUCAUCACACAUUGCCUAUUUGUGUGCACUAUGCAAAUUCUGUGUCUGUGGCUGUAAAUGUAUUAGUCAUUUCUGAUAAUUCAGUUUUUUCUGUCUUUAUGUUCUCCAGUACAAUUACUCUACAGUUUGCAAAAAUAUAGUUUUUUUCUGUAAUUGCUUGUAAUGAUGUCUCUAAGUUUAUUUUAUUUUAGGGAGUCGCUUUCUUUAAAAGCAGGACCAAAGAAAUUAUAGUGGAACAAAGUUUAGAUAUAUAAACACUUUUGCCUUGCAUGGGGAGGUCAGCUGUAAAUUGGAAUGACUUACUGAGCUGUAAGGGGGUCCGAUCUCGUCGCCCACCCCUUUCCAAACUCUUGAGUGUUCGCCUUAGCUGCUGGGUCAACCCACAAAAUGGUGAAGUGGAUGCAUUGGCUUGUAAAUGUGUUGGCUUAUCCUAUUUAAGACAGAAGGAAUUAAGUUGGUUCAGAACUGAAUUGCUGUAUCGGUAAUAGAGAAGUAUCCUGAUUCUCAUUGUCAGUCCAUGAUUUCCAGCUUAAGGGACCAGCUUUUUCUCUUCUGCUCUCCCUGUCUUAUUUGGAAACCAGACCACAGAGAAUCAGGCACAUGCAGGGGUUGAUGAUGAUGUUAUAUCUUUGAGUUUGGAGACAGGAACACAAACUGUAGGUUUUCUCACCAGUACUGUAAUUAUUUUCAUGUAUUCAUGAUGCUACUGCAACAGGUCUUUUUACCCUCGACCGACUUCCAAAUUAUGCAACUUAUUUUACCUUAUUUGUUACAUAUUGUGAUUUAUAUUCAUUGUAAUUGUGUUGAUAUUUGUGAUUUCAGUAAGGCCUUUUCCCGCUCUUUUCCCAGCUGAUUACCUUUACAAAAUGGUUUAUCAGAACAAUUUGCCAGAGGUCUUGCAUUCUGGUCAGCAGUGUUGAUCCCUUCAUAUUUUUGUCCUUUUAGAAGUAGCAAACGAAAAUGUUUAAAGUUUGGUAAUGAAACUAUCAUGGUGCAAGAUCUGUUCUACCUACUUCACUUUCCUACAGUCCCUUUGCACAAUUUUUUUUUUAUUCGCGAUUGCUUGAAUGGGUGGUUUAUUAAUUUCCUUUGAUUCUGUUGUUUUGAUUUUCUUGGAAAAUUAUGUAAUUACCAUACUAUGCAUUGCCUAUUAUAAAAGGACUGAGAGAGUCAAAGUGCACCCUUAACUAUAAAAAAAAGGCUUCACUGAAUUUCACUUUUAUGGCAAGAGUCUUAUUUUUGAUGUGGAACUGACCACAAUUUAAAUUCGAUUAGAAAGUUUCAAGUUAAGCCUUGAACCCUUGAUAAUUGAUAAGACGGGGUUUUGGGUGUGGUGUCAUUCUCUCUCAUUCCUUAAAAUUUUCAUGUGUAUCUGUCACAUAUACGCAUACAUAGUGAUAUAUCUGUAUGUUUAAAUCUAUUUAUAGGGUGCCUUGUGCAGAUUGGGUUUGUUUUUAUUUCUAAAGGGCUCUUUAAGUCCAGCUGACAGGCACGGGUGUCCUUUUUAGCGAUGUUCAGUGUUAAAUAUUAAUCUGAUAUUUUGCUCCAGACCUGCCAAAUUAUAGCAGUUCCACUCAUUUGUUCUUAAAAAUGGCUGAGUGCUUAGUACUGAGUGCUCUUUUUUAGAUCUUUUAAAGCCUCUGCAAUGCAUGACUGUCUUUUAUGUAAUUGUGUGUACAGAAGUCCACUCAUUACAGGCAUUGCUGUCCGUCUAUAUAAAUGAUUAUGCAAGGACUAUUCUGUGUAUUUGGGCUUUGAUUUUAUAUGUAAGAUACAUAAAAAUUUAGGUACUUUUUUUUUUCUUUUUUUUAAAUAAA